AUGACUUCACAAGAAUCGAGACACAACUAUCAGGUGUUGAAUGCAGAAGAGAUUCGUAGGCGUAAGAAUGCGAAGAGAGGUAUCCAAUUUUGCAUUAUGGUUAUUGGAGAGACUGGAAGUGGUAAGACUACUUUCCUAAACAAUUUGUGUAACAGACAAAUCUUUGUUGAGGACGAACCUAUAGAUCCAAGCAAGGCUCAUAUGAACCCCGGACUAGAGAUCUUCACCCAUCAGGUACAACUACAUGAGGAAAACUCCACACCUGUCAGCUUGGACAUUGUAUUGGCUCCCGGGUUGGGGGACAAUAUUGACAACUCCAGAAUUCCUGGCCAGGUCGUGAAGUAUUUGGAAACACAAUUUGAUGCCGUUUUGAAGGAGGAAAUCAGGAUUAAGAGAAACACUAGGAUAACUGACACAAGACCACAUGCUUGUUUAUACUUCAUCAGAGCCACUUCCAGAGGGCUAAGAGAAUUUGACACCCAGUUGAUGAAGGAACUAUGUACCAAAGUGAACAUAAUCCCCAUUAUCAGUAAAGCCGACUUAUACACGGAGCAGGAGCUCAUCUUAAACAAGAAACUAAUUAUGAGAGACAUCAAGGCUAACAACAUCAAGAUAUAUGAUUUUGCGAAUGAUAAGCUUGAAGACACCUUGGUGCCAAUUGAUGACUUGUCCACCAAUGGCAGUAAUUAUGACAAUAUGAGCGAUGGCGGGCACAGCUUUGGCCGGGCUGGAUUUGAAGAUGGAGCCUAUACUAGUGAAGUGAACACUAGCACCAGGAUCCAAGAUAUGCUUCCAUUUGCUAUUGUCAGCAGUAACAAGAAGAAGCAGUAUCCAAAUGGCGAGGUGUAUCAUGUGAGAGAGUACCCAUGGGGAGAAGUGAGAAUAGAAGACCGCCUCCAUUCCGACUUUAUUUACUUAAAGAGUAUUCUAUUGGGUUCACACCUACAAGACUUCAAGGAUACGACACAUGAUGUUUUGUAUGAGAACUACAGAACUGAGAAGUUGAUGUCUAGGAACGAGGCUGCUUCUUCUGAAGCCGCUGCUGAGUCCACAGUAAUGACCUUUACUUUGGGGGAUGAUGGGUCAUGCGGCAAUAAUACAAUUGGAAAUAUGAACUCCAUCAGUAUGAACCAUGGGUCCAGUUAUGUCUCGCUCGGAGGGAAGAACCCCUACCACGAUGACGAAGAACAUGAGACGAUUGCUUUCAACAGCCCGCUUAACAAUGGCAACCACGAGGAUAGCCACGUCGCCACUAGCCGCACUAACAGUAGACCUCAAUCGAGCGCUUUCGCAAGUGACUACACUGGAGGACAGGAAGAUUACCUACAGAAUCAAAUUCAAAAGGGCAGACCCCAAGCCUACAAUGCAGAGUUGGAUUAUGUGCCUCAGGAAAAGGGAAUCAUCAUUUAA